UUUCAGAAAACCAAUCAGCCUCUCUCGUUUGCUGUAAUCAUGAUGUGUUAAGGAUGAUACGGCGGAGACGUUUGAAAAGUGUUGAUGAUAAGCUUUUACGAGCGACCUUCGAGCCGUUGAAAUAUGUAAAUAAUGAAGAGAAAGAUUAUCACCUAAAUGAUGAGUUACUGAAUUCAGCGAAAAUUUCUUCACAAUUAUCCGAUGUUGAUGAUGCUGGCGAUGAAAGUGACACAUCGAAAAUUGCUGAAAAGCAUCCGAAUUAUACGAGAGGUGAGUUGGACUGUAUACAUUAUCGGCUUAUCAAUGAACGUGUUGUAAACGACGUUACUUUGGAAUUUUUUUAUAAGCCGCGUACAAUUACAGUACUUGUUAUCAUUUGUGCAUUGCUUGUUAUUCCUGCAUUUAGUAGGAAUGAUGACAAUUCAGGAAUUAAUGUUUAUGCCGGUAUUACCGCUGCAGUUGUUUUAUUUCUUGUUGUCAGUGGUCUCACAUUUCCAAAUGGUCCAUUUAUCCGUCCACACCCAGUUUUCUGGCGCGUUAUCUUUGGUAUGAGUGUCUUGUAUAUACUGAUGCUUCAAUUCGCAUUGUUUCAAAACUUUCGUGAUAUAAAAAAUGUGUUGAAAUGGCUUGAUCCAAAAGGUUUAAACAAAGAAAAAUUGGAUGAAAAAGCUUAUGCGGUUAAUUGUUCCGAUAUCACAUUAGAACGACUAUGGGGCUACAUGGAUAUAUUUGCUAUUGGUCAUUUUGUUGGAUGGGCCAUGAAAGCUUUGCUUAUUCGCCAUUCUAUCAUAUGUUGGUAUAUCAGUAUCGCUUGGGAAUUAACUGAGGUGUUAUUCGCUCAUUUAUUGCCAAACUUUCAAGAAUGUUGGUGGGAUGCGGUCAUUUUGGAUAUUUUAUUGUGUAACGGACUGGGUAUAUGGUUUGGGAUAUGGUUGUCGCAUUUUUUUGAAAUGCGACAGUUUCAUUGGGAAAGCAUUAAAGAUAUUAAAACAGCACGGGGUAAAUUCAAACGAGCCGUACUUCAAUUUACUCCCGAAAGUUGGAUGAAAGUGGAUUGGUACAAUAACUGCGCUUUGAGAAGAACGCUGGCAAUUUAUGGAUUUGUUUUAGUGUGGCUGAUAACGGAAUUGAAUACUUUUUUCCUGAAGCACAUAUUCGCCGUAGACACAUCACAUCCAUUAGUGUUUUCAAGGAUCCUUUUAAUUGCUUUCGUGUCAGCCCCAACAAUACGGCAGUUUUAUUUAUUCGCUACCGAUCCACGAAUUAAGCGUAUGGGCAUGCAAAGUUGGGUGUAUGUGGCUAUAUGUACUUUAGAAGCAGCGAUUUGCAUCAAGUUUGGACGACCACAACUUCCUCGUGUUAAACUAACGCUGAUUGUUUCAUGGAUCUGUUUCAUGGCUAUUGGUACAUUCGCUUGCGUUUGGAUGUCGGUGUGGUGGGUAAAAACGUUCACGAAAACAGAAAAAGUGAAUAUAAAUGGUUGCUUGCGGGAUUGUUAUCUAGAUUCUAGCCAUGAAAAUCUUGGCGCACUUACUGACGAGGUAAAGGCACGCCGGAAACGAUUGAAUAUAUCGGAAUCAGAUUUUGCCUGAUCGAAUGAAUUGGAGAUCGAAUGAAUUGAAGUUACUGGAAAUUGUUUCUAUAUGAACGUAUAUCUUUUACCUGUUUCAACUUAUUAACUUAAAAUUUAGUAUCACUUCCACCCUGAUCAUGUUCAAAUUUAUUCUAAUAACGGUGAAAUUUUAAUCCUAUAGCUGUUUUCAUCUGUUUUGUUAGAUCUGUCCUAUAGGUUAGAGAUAUAUGUAAUCCGGAAACUUGAUUGUAACGUGUAACAUUUUUGUGGUUCAUCUUUAGAUGUAAAAGUUUGUUAUUCGUUAAUGAAAUAUGAAGCAUUUACAGCGUGUAACUUACUGAUGCCGAACAUGCACUAUUUCAUUAUAUGAAAUAUAUGUGUUUUCAUCAUCUUUCAACGUCAGUAAGGACCCUAAGUAAAGUCAAUGUGAAUUGGACUGAUAGGAUAAUGAUACUGUCACGAUAAUGACACUUUUUGAUUGUUUCUACCAUCUGUUUUACUAAUUUCGCAAAUGAUAAGCUCCACAUGCUCGCCGUAUGCGUUUCUUGUUAGAUAUCUAAUUCUGCUUCAUUCAUUCAUGUUUUUCGUCUUUCCGCAUUCAAUUUUUUGUGUAGAACACGUUUUCCUAUAGAAAUGCCGCUUACCGUCAUUUAUAGUGCAGUCUGCCUUCAGUUAAAAUAAUAUAUUAUAUUCUACUACUUUAUUCGCUUAUGUGUCACGUCAGUACUAUAUUUUUAAUAUUUUCCCGAGUUUAUUAUAUCAAAAUAUUAAGGU